ACAGCGGUGGGGGGCGGUGAGUGAGUUGCAAGAGCAAGAAACUCUUCGGAGGAGCCUCUGAAUCCCACCGCUCGCAAAUGCAGAGCCCGGUGACUUUUGAAGAUGUGGCUGUGUAUUUCACGAAGGAGCAAUGGGCUCUGCUGGACCCAAACCAGCGAGCCUUGUACAAGGAGGUCAUGAUAGAAAAUUACGGAAAUGUGGCCUCAUUGGGAGUUCCGGCCCCCAAACCCGGACUCGUCUCCCGUCUGGAACAAGGGGAGGACCCUUGCGUGCCGGAUUCUCAGGCCUUCGAUGGAAGGAAGAUCUUCGACACCAGCUCGGACAACCCACGGAAAAAGCACUUGUGCACUGUGUGUGGGAAACGUUUUACUCAGAAACCAAACCUCACCAGACACAUGAGAAUCCACACAGGAGAGAAACCUUACAAAUGUUUGGAGUGCGGAAAAUGCUUCGGUUGUCAUUCACACCUUAUGAGCCACCAGAUCGUCCACACAGGAGAAAAACCCUACAAAUGCUUGGUGUGUGAUAAAUACUUCGGCCGCAAAGCGCACCUCGCCAGGCACCAAGGAAUCUACGCGGGGGAGACGCCCUACAAAUGUCUGGAGUGCGGGAAACAUUUUGCGUGCCAGUCACAACUGGUGAUCCACCGGAGGUACCACACGGGAGAGAAGCCCUAUAAAUGCUUGGAGUGUGAGAAAUGUUUCGCCGACCCGUCAGCCCUCGUGAGCCACAAGAGAAUCCACGCAGUAGAGAGAUCCCACAAAUGCUUGGAGUGUGGGAAGAGUUUCGUUCAACAGUCUCACCUUCUGAAACACCAGAGAGUUCACACGGGGGAGAAACCGUAUCAGUGCCCAGAGUGCGGGAAAUGCUUUGCUGACCGUUCCGUCUUUGCUAAGCACCAGAGAGUCCACACUGGAGAGCGGCCCUAUAAAUGCGCGGAGUGCGGGAAAACCUUUGCGCGCCAGGAACACCUUGGGAGCCACCGGAGAGUCCACACAGGGGAGAAACCCUAUAAAUGCUUGGUGUGUGGGAAGUCGUUUGCCCGUCAGUCCCACGUCGUCAGCCAUCAGAGAGUCCACACAGGGGAGAAGCCCUGCAAGUGCUUAGAGUGCGGGAAGUGUUUUUCUGAGCGCUCCACAUUUGUGAGACACCAGAGAACCCACACGGGAGAGAAGCCCUAUCGGUGCUCGGAUUGUGGGAAAUGUUUUGGUUCCCCUUCGCACUUGACGAGGCACCACAGGCGCCACACGGGCGAAAAACCCCAUCGAUGCAUGGAGUGCGGAAAAGCCUUUGCUGAUCGCUCGGCCUUUGUGAAACACCAGCGCGUCCACACGGGCGAAAAACCCUAUAAGUGCACGGAGUGUGGGCGAUGCUUUGCUAACCGGACACACCUCGUGACCCACCAGCGCGUCCACACGGGAGAGAAACCCUAUGCCUGCCUGGAGUGCGGGAAAAGGUUCAGCGCAAAUAGAAGCCUAAUUCACCAUCAAAGGCAACAUAUAGGAUAUCCUCUGACCCAGUGUGUGGAAAAUAUUUUGUUGACGAAUCAAGCCUUGUGUGACGUCGGAGAAGCUGCACAGGAAAACAAACUGUAUGAAUGGCUCACAUCUGGGAAAUGGCUGACCCUGCAAGGGACCCUGGUUCAGAACGAAGGAGUCCACACAGAAGGAGAAACCUUGGGGAUGCCUUGAACAAGGCCAAGGAUUCGUUCUGAAAAGCUUUGGCCUACGCCAGUCAGUUCUCCAUGGUGACAGAUUGCGGCAACAUCACAGUCCAAAGGUGGUCAGAAUAAAUGACGCUAAACCCAGAACAAACUUUUCCAACAAAUUUUGAAAUUUGUCGUGGUCUCAAAUUUCACUGUUUGGAUACUGAAUUUGAAGACUGACCACAAAAUAUGAGUGCUUGAGAUUUUGUUACGCAGUCCCUUGAUUGUUUGGUUUUUAUCAGGUGUCAAAAAAUAUAAGCUAGCGGCUUUAAAAUAGAUACUGUAUAUACCAUUGCAUGUCAACUUUGAAAGUUGAGUAGAUAGUAAACACUAUUGCAUGACUGUUAUCAAAUACUACAUUCCAUUCCACUUCAGCUAUCAAAUAGGAAACACUAUUGCAUGUCAGUGGUUAGAUACUAAUAUUUUGCAUGCCAGUUAUUUAAAGAUGCUUAAAAUACCAUUGCAUGCCAGUUGUCACAACGAGUCAAACCAUAAUGUUAGCUAGCAAAUAUAGUCAAACUUUUAUACUAAUGCAUGUUAGCUAUCAAAUAGGGAUAUUUAUGCAUGCCAGCUAUGAAUUGCUUCUAAGUAACAACUGUCAGAUACCAUUGGGCGUCAAAUAUUGAUAUUGCAUAUUUAAUAUUUGGUAUGAAAACUCAGAGAGCGCUUAAUUUAUGAGAACAAAUCCACUUCAGCUGUAGAUGGUACACUUUCAGAAUGUACAACAUUGAGAUCUCCUCAGGAUUUGUAUAGUUCUAGUUACCCAGUGGUGAAGUGGAUCUCCAAGACAUUUUGACUAGCGGGGAUAAAGAUGUCAUAUGACAUCCCUCCGAGACUUUCCUGUUCCUUUUGAGUUUAGUUGCAACCCUCACAGUAGCUGGGGGAGAAAUGGAUUUUCCCAGCAACAGUGUCCAGGUUCACACGACAUGCUAACCCACCAUGGGUUAGCAUGUUGUCGGACUGUAGUGCAUCUUCCACAAGGUGGGAUAAUGUGUUGUCUGAAUGCAGUGCAUUUUCCGUAGGGUAGGUUAUCAUGUCUGAAUGCAGUGUGUUUUCUGCAAGGUGGCUUGUUAACUAUGCAGUGUGGUUUAUUUGAGAAGAAAUGGCUUGAGAACCCAUGGCUUGUGGUUGGUUGUUCAGAUUCAUUAAGAAGCUGCACUGCAUGGUUAACAAGCCAUCCUGCAGAAAACGUCUUGCAUUCAGACAACAGGAUAACCCGUGGUUCAACAACAACCCACACUAGGUGGGGUAGCAUGUUGUGUGAACCCAGCCAGUGUAUUGGUGUGAGCUAUCUCUGUUGUAAUACAAAGUUAUCUGGAAUGGCUUGGCCUUGAGUGAGUCAUUAAGACCCAUUCGCUUUACAGAAGGCCUGCUCAGAAUGGAGAUGAAAACUGGUUUGUUGACUUUGCGACAAAAUGUUUCUGCAUCCUGCAUUUUUGGACUUCACUUGGGGAUAUGUCUAUGACAGCUUUCCCUACCCUGGGGCCUUCAAGAUGUGUGGUGCCCUCAGAUACUGGCUGGGAAUGAUGGGACUUGCAGUCCCACACAUCUGGAGAGUGCCCGAUUGGGGAAGUCUGUCAUGAUGAGCACCUGCACUUUAAAAAUUCACCACUACAUCACUGUGGUCACCACAUCUCAAAAUAGACUGGGGAAAAUGCUGAAAAGGGCAAGCAAAAUGAUCAGGGGGCUAGAGCAACUCCCCUAUGAGGAGAGCGUACAACAUUUUGGACAUUUCAACUUAGAAAAAAGGCCAGUAAGGAAACACGAUCGGGGUUUAGAAUGUUAUGCUUUGUUCAGAGAAAGUGGAGAGAGAUUUUUCUCUCUCUCUCUUAAUACCAGAACCUGGAAUUAUUCCAUAAAGUUGAACAGUAAGAGAUUCAGGACAGACAAAAGGAAGUAUUUCUUCACACAGUGCAUAAUACAGCUAUGACAUUGGCUGUCCCAAAAUGCGUUGAUGGUCCCUAGCUUAGAUGGCUUUAAAAGGGGAUUACCCAAAUUUGUGGGGACUCUUGAUCACUAUUAGUUGAUACAAGUGGGAAUUGUAACAAAAAGUUGCAGCGUAGAGUGCUAUUAUUCAGGGUUCCAGUCACUCCAUUCCAUUUCCCCCCCAGUCUCUGCCCUCCCACCCCCACACAGUCAGCUGUGAAUCCACUCUCAGUCAAAAUGUUAAAGGAGCUAUCCAAGGUGCUGAAUCAAUUUUGGGGGCAGGGUUCAGCACUUUGUACAGCUCCUUUAGAGUUCUAACUGAAACCCAGAGCGGAACCACCAGCCUCCACUGUAAGGUAGCCAAUAAAAGGCCCUGGGGAAUAUCCAGGCGUUGUGUUGCCAAAAUAACAGGUAUCUCCUAAGGGGAGAGACCAUACCUCUGUGGUAGAGCCCUGCUUAGCAUGCAGGAUGACCCAGAUUCAACGCCUGGCCUCUCCAGUUCGAAAGGAUCGGGGGAAAAGGUAAUCUGUGGGCUGGGGCAUGCUGGGAGUUGUGGUUCAACACAUCUGGAGGGCGCCAGGUUGGGGAAGGCUGGUCUACAUUGAUUAGGAACGACUUUCCAGGAAUUUCUCUUAGUCCUUCCUGGAGAAAUUGGGGAUUGAACUUGGGACCUUCUGCAUGCAAAUCAGGUGCUCCUCCACUAAGCAACGGUAACUUGCAAAAGCAAGACUGGGAGAUGAUGCCUAAGCGGGAUAUAAAUGCAAUAAUAAAUAAAUAAAUGAAAUGUCUGUUGCAUCCAUGUUCUGCUUGUGGGUCCCUGGUCGACAGCUGGUUGGCCACUAUGGGAUGGGAACAGAGUGCUGGACUAGAUGGACCCUUGCUCUGAUCCAGCAGGGCUCCUCUUACGUUCUUAUGAAAUGGAGGGGCGUUGGAAGAAACACCUGCAUAUCCUAGAGCAGGGCUGGGGAAGCUCAGGGCCAGAGGCCAAAUCUGCCCAUCUGGGUUUUCCCAGAAGGCCAUUCCCCUUUCCAUCGUUUCCCCCAACUACCAAUCAUUUGGCAGUUUCCUGGCUUUGGUGCAGUCCCCCCCCCCCCCGCCCUUUCCAAAAAGUGGAAAUGCCUCUCUGAAGGCUUAUUUGCUGGCAGAAAGAGCUUUCAGCUAAAACAUGCUUGUCUUGUUUUGUAUUUUUGGCUCCACCCUCUUUGCCUUUGGUCUCGCCCAUCCCUGGAGCUUCUCCAUCAUUAGAAUUGGCCUUCAGGUUCACCACCCCUGACCUAAAGCUCUAUGGAGGAAAGGUGAUUCGAACCAGUUGGGAAGGCAGCUUGACAAAGAAAAGGAAUUCCAUCAGCCUUCCCCAACCUGGUGCCCUCCAGAUGUGUUGAAUUACAACUCCCACCAACCCCAUUGGCUAUGCUACCUGGUGAUGAUAGAAGUUGUAGUCCAACAGAUCUGGAGUACCAGGUUGAGGAAGGCCAAAUUACAUGGUCAGGGCGUAGGUAGGCUGAUGGUCACUCAGAUGAGAAACAGAUGUCCACGGAUGGUGGCUUUCAUGAGAGAAGGACCCAGCCCUAAAGGGUUAGUCAUGCUAGUGGGUGGCACUAGCAUCCUUAGACUAGAAGUGUAAGCAUAGGCUAGAAACCUUUUGACUUACAUUUCAAUGUGUAACGGUACCAUUCACUUUGUAUUCCACUUCUCCGCAUUCAACUGUUCUUCCUGUCUUUAAUAAAUCCUGAGUUUACUACAA